CACACAUCGAUCCAUCACCGCCUUGUUUGUUCACGCUGCUGCUAGAGGGUUCACCUCUGCUCUGACUGACGCAUGCCCACAGCCUCGCUCCUCCUCUCCCCACGGUACCCAUGGUAACGCGCGGAGGAGAGAGCAGCUUAGCAACACAGAGAGCGAGCAUCUCUGGUCCAGACAGCGCGGUGCCAUCAAUAUUACACACAGAGGGCGGCAAGAGGAAAACAGCAGCGCCUCUGGCACAUAUCUUCUGUCGGUGUGUGCCUGUAAUUGUUUGUCUUCGCUCUUAACAGUCAUAAUGAAGUUCGUGGUGGUGCUUGUGGGAGCGGGAACCUUGGCCUUUCUUGGCGCGGUCAUCUGCAUCAUCGCCAGUGUAUAUCCCCGGAAACGCACCGCGCCUCUCGGCGACAACGGCACCCUGACAUCGGAGACGCUGCUCCAGCCCUUGGAGCGCGGGUCGGUGGCUCAUGCUGGGCCGCUUGGCGCUCUGCACGGCGCCGAGUCGUACGGUGGAGGGAACGGGCUUGGUGGUAUCGGCCUGGAGGUUCCCACUCUGAACGAGUUCAACCUCGGGGAGGAGACAGGAGGAGGGUCCGCGAAACAGUUCAGCUUCAGCCGGUUGAUCUGCACACCUGUACCGGUCGGAGAAUGCAAGACCAAAGACCUGAGGCAGCGGCGGGAGCAGCAGCAGCAAGCGGACGAUCCACUUUACGGAAACGGGGAUGAAGACUGGACUUACCUCCGGACCACCGCGGAGGAACUCAGGCAGACGGUCCUGCAACAGAACGACCAGAUCCUGAUGGACCACAGGACCAUCCGGGAGCUGACAGGCAAGCUGAGCGAGUGUGAGAGCGGCUUGGAAGACGAGAGGAACGUCCCGGAGCGGAGCCUCGGCGUGUGGAGCGGCAACCGCCGCGUCAUGGCCGGGGAUGAUGUGAGCUCUUCCGCGGCGCAGCUGCAGACAGCGCGGGCUGUGGAGGAGCUGGCGAGGGCCAUCAUGGACCUGAAGGACCGCAUUGAGAAACUCGAGGCAGAGAUAGGCCCUGCUGCCUUGAACCUCACCGACACACCUGUGGGAACAAGUACCAGCAGUAGCAGCAACAGUGGCAGCAGCAGCAGCCCGGCUGGAAAUACCGGCAAGGCUCCAGCUCCGCCCACGGGCAGUGCUUCCUCCCCACCUGCAGCGCCUCCCUCAGGGGGUCGACGUCCUGCCUCCCCCGCUUCCCCUGCCCCCAGGCACCCAUCUAAGGCCUCCCCUGGGCGCGGAAAGGGCACCUGGAGGGUGGAGGACCUGGAGGGGGAGCUGGAGAGGAAGAUAAAGAUGUUGGAGAAGGAGCGUCAGGCCAUGAGAAAAGAGACGCAGGGCCAACAUGAGAAGAUCAAUCAGGGCAUUGAUACCGUCAACCACCGCGUCACUGAGCUGGAACACACACUGACAGAGCCGUCGUUCCCAGAUGGCUUUGUCCUCUCCUUCCCCAUGCGAACCAACUACAUGUACGGUCUGGUGAGAAAAGAGAUAACAGAGAUGUAUGCCUUCACUGCCUGUGUAUGGCUGAAGGCCAAAGAAGGGGGUAUUGGGACCCCCUUCUCCUACUCAGUCCCGGGGCAGCCAAACGAGUUGGUGCUGCUACAGGGAGUCCACAACCCUGUGGAGCUGCUCAUCAAUGACAAGGUGGCGCAGCUGCCUCUCUCCCUACCACAGGACGAGUGGCAACACAUCUGUGUCAGCUGGACUCUGAGGGAUGGGGUAUGGAAGGCCUACCAGGGGGGAAAGAUGAAGGGGAGGGGAGAGGGACUGGCUGCCUGGCAUCCCAUCAAGCCAGGAGGAGUACUCAUACUGGGACAGGAACAGGAUACACUUGGUGGGCAUUUUGAUGCCUCCCAAGCCCUGGUUGGGGAGCUUUCCCAGUUCAACCUGUGGGAUCGGGUGUUAAAACCAGCAGAAGUGGCCGCCCUAGCCGACUGCAGCUCCUCAGCACUGGGUAACAUUGCCCCCUGGACCGACCACGAUGUAGAUGUCUACGGCGGUGCCACCAAGGAGUCACUGGACCCGUGUCACGCUGCACAGCGAUCCAACCCCUCCAGCCCCAAACAAUGAAGGGUGACUGGGAGAGGUCAGGUUGUGAUUGAUUUAACAGAUGUAUAACGAUGUAUCACAUUGGGGUUUACAGUAUAUUUGUUGGGGAUGGGAAGCUUGCUGGUGGACUGAAAUGUUUGAUGGAGCUAUUAAGCCAUUAAGAGCGGUGUAUCUGUUUUGUUUUUAUUGUUGGUUUCCACGCUCAUGAGAUACAGUGAGUUUGGUCACAGAAGUCCUGCAUGGGUGGAUCACCUCCUGGCAUAAACAGGACUCUUAUGGACGUAUUCCAUAAUAGAUGUAUCAUUGGCACUGGUUUAAUGAACCACCCACUGCUUUAGGUUUGAAUCUGUUGGGCUAGUUAACCACACAUGGUUAUACAGGCAGAGGGAUUCCAUGGGCUUGAAUGCAGCUAUGAAAUGAACCUUUGAUGAUGCCAUAUCUAAGGGUUUAUUAGUGACAAAGUGACACAAAGUUCUGUCGUUCCUCAUCUUGUGUCCAGUUGGUUGUGUUUAAUGCUAAAUGAAUUCUGAGAUGGUUAAAUUGAUUUCAGCUCUCAAUGGAAACAGAAUGAGUUUUGUUCAGUUUUAGCUGUAUAUGAUCCUGUUGAGUAAUAUCUGUGUACUUUUAAGUUUUCUACAUUGCAUACCAUGGUUUGGUAAAACAGUGGUCUUAUAAAUGUAUAUUGUGUAAUGUAUCUCUUCUAAUGUUGCUCUGUGCCAGUCUGCUCCCUCCUGCUAUAUCCACUCACAGUCCUGCAAAGUUAAGUUGCUGCAUUUUUUAUUUGCAACUUAUACAAUUGACCUCUGAAAUAAACACUUUGAUGUCUAUCUUAGCACCAUCCAGACACUGAAACUGUGACAAACCUGAGUGAGUUUGGUAAACUUGUGUUGUAUCCUUGAAUGUAAACCAGAUGGAAUGUAAUGUAUGUGCAUGAGCAAAGUCACAUUUCCCUUCACUAAAUAAGCAAAGUCAAUAUGUGUAAACUACAGUGUUGGUGUCCCCGAACUGCCCCACAUUCUGAAACACACAGAUGUCUCUUUGGUGAAUCAGAUCCUCACAGAAUAAUUUACAAGGAGGGAGGUGUAGUGUUACUAAUUCUCUGGUGGCCAUUUUGUACUUAAAAUCUUAAAAUCAAUAUGAAAAUAAAUACAUAAAAUUUGGGAUGCAUCUACUUUGCAGCAUUUAAUCGCCUCCGAGCGUGAAGCCCUUUUUGCUAUCAUGAUAUUCCCUGUUAUGAAAAUGUAUGUGGCCAAAACUGCCACCACCUUACACUGCAAAAUACCUAACACUAUGUUUACAUCAUUUGGAACUGAAGUUAGUAAAAGGAAAGAUUUUCUCAAUUAGUACUUGCAAGUAUUAGUACUUUUUCUUAUCAACAAGCGUGUAAUUUUGCACUGAAUAAAGUGUUGGUUGUGAGGUGGUAAAAAUAGUGAGCAUGAUCGAAAUAGCAGUGACUUAGGAUUGACAGUUACUUUGAAUGAUCCAUGUUACCAUGAUUUUCAGGGACAUAUUAUUUGCAGUUGGGUAUACUGGACCUCUUUAAUCUUCCGAUUGACAUCCAUAAUCUUUAGUCAUUUAAUAACUGUCUCUUAAUGUUAAUUGUAUUUAACAGAUAUUGCAGUAACUUCAGUAUAACAUGAUUGGCACAUAAAAGUAGAAAAAUCCAACGCUACAUUUACCUUGAGAGAAAAAUGAGGUACAAUCUCAAACGACUUUACAAAGGGAGGCAUCUCAUACAUUUAAGGCACCUAGAGCGUCAAGGUAAGGCACGAAAUGUUUCAAACUAAAGUGAAAAUAAUUUCAAAAGCUGCCAGAUAAAGGUCAAACUAAGAAUUGAAGGAAGCAAAAGCCUUUAUUGGUUACCUCUUAUAGAAGUACAAAAUAGUAUAUACAAAAUAUAUUCUAAUAAAUCGUGAUGCUAUGACCGCCAAAAUAAUGUUUCUGAUAAUGCUAUGUAUUUUUACAUAAGAACAAAGUUUGUUGAUGUGUAUAUCUCUUGAUUCAUUUAAAAAAAGGAACCCAUAGACAGGGCUAAGAGUUUGAUUCCCACUCAACAUGUUAACCAGUCAACACUGUGCAGUAAAGUGAACUGUAGUUAAAAUAUAGUGCUUCUGUUCACUUGUUACCUCAAGACCUCAGCCCCAUGUACAAUUUGACACCCCGUUGUAAAGUGCCUGCCUGGGCUCUCGAGCCCGAAAAAAAUAAUGAAAUGUUUUUAUGUUUUCUUCUUCUUUAUCUCUUUCUUCUCCUUCUCUCUGUUACUCUCUCUCUCUCUCUCUCUCUCUCUUUCUCUUUUUCUCUUGCUUUUGGUUGGUGAAGGGUGUGACAGUGUUGCGCUUGUCCUUAUUUGCAUCUUCAUGGAUCUUCAAUGAUAUUGUGAAAUAUGUGGAUAUAUAUAAAAAAAUGAAAUAAAAUAGUUAUGACAACA